AUGCACCGACUGAGCCGCGCGCUGCUGGGGGCCCUGGCCCGGGCCCGGGCCCCGCCGCUCCGGCAGCCCCCGGGCCUCGGCCGGCUCCUGCCCGCUGCCCUGCGGCCGGCGAGCCCGGGCGGCCUCUCCACCCGGCCCCGGCGGGAGCCGCCCGCCGCCGCGCAGCGCCCUGCGGCCCCGGGGCCGGACAGCGAGGCGGAGCAGUUCGUCUUCCCCGAGUACGUGCCCGAGCCGGGCCCGGCGCCGGCCGCGGAGCCGCCCGCCGCCCCGAGCCGCCCGGAGAGGAGGCCGCGGGAGAAGCGGCAGCACCGGGUGACGGGGCGGCCGGACCCGUCGGUGCCGCCCAGCGGGGUGAGCUGCUCGGGCUGCGGGGCGGAGCUGCACUGCCGGGACCCCGCCGUGCCCGGCUACCUGCCCAGCGAGAAGUACCGCCGCCUGAUGGAGGCGCACCGGGCCCUGCAAGGGGUGGUGUGUCAGCGCUGCUGGCUCCUGGUCCAUCACCAGCAGGCGCUGCACAUGGAAGUGUCCCGGGAGCAAUACCGCAAUCUGGUGAGUGCUGCCCUGCGCAGCCCCCCACGCCAUGGACGCCGCCCCCUGGUGCUAUACAUGGUGGACAUGCUGGACCUGCCCGACUCAGUGCUACAGGACCUGCCUCAGCUGGUGGAUGCAGGGUCCAACAUCCUGGUGGUGGGCAACAAGGUGGACCUGUUGCCUGGGGACUCUCCAGACUAUCUGAAGCGCUUUCGAAAAGAGCUGCUGAGGAGCUGUGCCCGUGUGGGCAUCCUCCCUGCAGUCCAGGGCACGGGGGGCCAGGUUGGCAGGACUGCGAGCCAGAACUUGGUGGAUGUGCACCUGAUCAGUGCCAAGACAGGCUAUGGAGUGGAGGAGCUGAUCUCCAAACUGCAGCACUCCUGGAAGUGCAAUGGCGAUGUGUAUCUCGUAGGAGCUACCAACUCCGGCAAAUCCACACUGUUCAAUACCCUGCUGCAGUCUGACUAUUGCAAGUCCAAAGCCUCGGAGGUGAUCAACAGAGCAACAAUCUCGCCCUGGCCAGGCACAACUUUAAACCUCCUGAAAUUUCCAAUUAUUAACCCCACAUCUGACAGACUGUUCAGGAGACAGGAGAGGCUAAAAGCAGAUGCAGAAAAAACGGAAGAACAACUUAGUGAUGAUGAACAAAAAUAUCUUAAAUGCCUUAAAAAGCAAGGUUAUUUAAUAGGAAGAGUUGGAAGAACAUUUCAACAACAGAAGUCAAAAGCUGUCAUUGACUUUGAUCCUGAUGAGCUCUCUUUUAACAUGGAAGAGGAGCCUGUCUUUUCAUCCAACAAGCCUAAAGAGAGAGUGGAAUUUACAUACAAUGAACUGAAAGAUGCUCGCUGGUUUUUUGACACGCCGGGGAUUGUAAAAGAAAAUUGUGUUUUAAAUCUUCUAACAGAGAAAGAAGUAAAGCUCGUCUUGCCGACACAUGCCAUUGUUCCACGGACCUUUGUACUUAAGCCUGGAAUGGUUUUGUUUCUAGGUGCUUUGGGACGCAUAGACUAUUUGCAGGGAGCAAAAUCCUCCUGGUUUUCUGUUGUGGCUUCUAACCUGCUGCCAGUCCAUGUUACUACCCUGGAGAAAGCAGAUAGCAUCUAUCAGAAGCAUGCUGGAAAAACAUUACUGAAGGUUCCCAUGGGGGGUGAAGAGCGAAUGAAGGAAUUCCCACCGCUUAUUCCUCAGGAAAUUACGCUGGAAGGAAUUGGCACCCUCGAGGCAGUGGCUGACAUAAAGCUGUCCUCUGCUGGUUGGGUUGCAGUAACUGCUCACUUGGAAGACAAACUACAGCUGCGAGCCUAUACUCCUGAAGGGACAACACUGAUGAUACGUAAACCUCCUCUGUUGCCACAUAUCGUUGACAUCAAAGGGAACCGCAUCAGAGGAAGUGCGUCCUAUAGAACUAAAAAGCCACCUCCCCUAGUGGAGAACUUAAAGGCAAAUGGAACAAAUAAAAAAAGGGGUAUCUAAAAUUUAAGAAGUACAGGAGCUGGGAAGCCCUUGGACAUACGUGUUGCUUACAGAAAAUUACGAAAACAAUUAUUCAUAGAGAACAUACAUUCUGAUUUUAAGAUUGGCUUCUGUAAAACGCGUUUGAAAGACCUAGCAAAUGCAGAUUUGAAGUUUGUAUCAGGCUACUGCAUAGUGCAGCUCAUGGGAUCAUGUGAUUUGCAGUCUCUACUUCCCAUUACCAGAUGGCCUGCCUCAUUCAGACUCGAGUUCUGCAUUCGACAGACAGAGGUGGCAUCACUUCACGUUAUUGCUGGUUCCCCUACAGUGAGUGGAGUAUGGCUGCCGUCAGGAUGGGAGGGUAAUCUCAGUUACAGCAGGAGAGAUUUAGUGAAGCUGUCAAAACAUGUAAAUCUUUCUGGUUGCUACCGAUAUUUGGACAGGAGACACAUUGCUUGUUUUUUGGCUUUUCGCAUGAAAUUAGUGAUAAAGAUUUCAGAAAGAAGCCCCUAAAGACCAUCUGUAAGGGUACGGACUCACCCCUGCGGCACCCCCUACUGGUUGCUUCGGGGAAUCAGCUCGUCCAGCAUCUGGAGCGCCCUCUACAGGCCGGCGAUUCACCUUGUCCCUCACACUGGCCCCCCAUGUCCUUCCCAGGAACCCGGUGCCCCUUGCUCUGGGUUCUGCCCCCUGGCAGUACCCCAUAGAUCUUGGUCUCCCCUCCCUGGGGAACCCCCACCCACUAUCCCCACCUUGCCUCAGUACUAGGCCACUGCCAGUCACCAACUAGCCCCUGCUCCCUGGCGCAGACUGCAGUAUAAGCCACUCAUCAUCGGCAAGGUUGGGUUUGGACCUGCUGCCUUGGCCUAGCCCUGGGUUGCCCUCUACAACCCCCAGUACCCCUUGGCCUUCUCCUAGGCCGCAGCCUGGGGCUUUCCAGGCUGGAGCUCCCCAGCCCUGCUCCACUCAGGUACCCUGUCUCUGCUCCCUGCAGCCAGACCCUUCUCUCUCUCUGAAGGCAGAGAGAGACUCUGGCCUGAGCUCCUGGCUCCCAGCCUUUAUAGGGCCUGCUGAGGCUGUUUGGGGCCUGGCCCCAGCUGCAGCCACUUCCCCUAAUCAGCUCAGCCUUCACACUGCCUGCUCCCUGGGCUAUCUCAGGCAUUUCCAGGCAGGAGCAGGCGUCCACCCUGCUACACCAUCCUACUAGGCUCUUUGCAAUAAUGUGGAACUUUAAAGAUAAGCAGACAACACCUAAGGGAGCACUGUGUAUAGCUGAAGGGAGGAAAUCGGACUUAUGCCUCAACUGAGAGCGCCUGCAAAACAUCCCCAUGCUGUGAUUUGCCCUAAAUGUACAGUCAUCUGUCUCUUCAUCAUGACAACUGUGACAGGUUGGACCCCUUGGGAAGCCACCUGAUGUGCUGAGAUACCACGGAGUCUACCUGUUGUGCCAGCCUGGGCCCCCUUUCACCUGUCUUGCUGAGCCAGGUUCUUAAAACCUCCUCUAACCCACACACAGGCAGGACCACACCCAGCUGCAGAUCAGGUCUGGGAAGACUCAGCUUCAAGGACUUGCUGUAAUGUCCCUUAUAGAUGUUUUUGCAAAGUUCUGGGUUUCUGUUCCCACGUUACCAGAAAAUAUCUUGGUGUGUAGCAUUGUGUACAUAGUACAGAUGUCAAUAUCUUUUAAAGUGUAGGUGUCUUGGCAUUUAGCCACCAAUGCUAUGAGACAGCGUGCCUCAGUUUCCCCUUCCACACUGCAGUCUAGAUCCGCUGUGCCAACCUCUAAACCUGUCUACAGGUACUAGCUGAGAAGCAGUAUUCUCAUAGGACUUUCUUGUUACUACUCCUAGUCUGUACCAAAGAUUUUUCCAAAAAUCAUGCAUCUUACACAUUUUUUAAAGUAUUUACCACCAGUAUCAAAUUCUUUCUUAACCCACAGUGUGUGUGUAGUAAGAGACAUAAAGUUACCAAGACAUUCAUGACCGAGAGACGCUUCCAAGUCUGAUUAUCAUACCAUGCCUUCUGUCUAAACAGAUCAGUUUGUUCAGCAUUUAUUAUAUUUCUCAUCACCUCAGUGAA